CGUCCUGUCUCGUAACGCUGGUUUGAGUGGAGAAAGUAAUGGAUGGAAGGAGCUCGUGUUGAAUUAUUAAGAUGAAUUAUGGAGUAGGGAAGUGAUAUCUGCUCCCCCGUCUUGUCGGAACAAUUGAGGACAGCGACUCAAGGAAAUAGAAAAUAGCAUGCCGGUUGAGGUGGCUCCUCUUCAAAUGAGGGAACAUGUUGGCGAUGGACCAAGGAGUGGUGGAGGAAUGGCUGUCAGAAUAUAAGACCCUCCCCGACAGUGCAGUUUCCAUAUAUGCUGCUUCACUGAAGGACAAGGGAGCCCUGGUCCCUGCUCUCUACAAAGUGGUCAGAGAAAACUACAGUGAUCUCCUGGAGCCAGUUUGUCACCAGUUGUUCGAGUUUUACAGAAGCGGUGAGCCUCAGCUACAGCGGUUCACGCUACAGUUCCUACCCGAACUCCUAUGGAGCCUCCUGUCUGUCAGUGCUGCCAGAGACCCGCACACAUCUGGCUGCAUUGAGGCCUUGCUCCUGGGCAUUUACAACCUGGAAAUUGUGGAUAAAGAUGGACAGAGUAAAAUCCUGUCGUUCACUGUCCCUUCCCUCUCUAAACCAUCCGUGUACCAUGAGCCCUCUGCCAUCGGCUCACUGACAGAAGGGGCUCUGGCUAAUCAUGGGCUGAGCCGCGUGGUCUACAGUGGGCCGCACCUCCAGAGAGAAACCUUCACUGCACAGAACAGGUUUGAGGUGUUGACCUUUCUGCUGCUGUGCUACAACGCUGCUCUCAGCUACAUGUCCUCCACUUCCCUCCAGUCCCUCUGCCAGCUCAGCUCCAGAGUUUGUAUAUGUGGUUACCCACGGCAACAGAUGCGCCGUUAUAAAGGCAUCAGCACGCGAAUGACUGUCACAUCAGAGUUCCUUGUUCAGCUGAUAACUGGGAUCCACUAUGCCUUGUGUAACGGUGAAGUGGAAAUAGCCUCUAAAGCGCUGGAUGACGUUCUGUACCGAGCACAGCUUGAAUUAUUUCCUGAAGCUCUACUGGUGGGAAACGCAAUUAAGUCCUCGCUGCACGGCGCCGCUCUGAAGAGCAACAACAAGGAGGGCGCCCGAAGCAUCCAGGUGGAGAUAACACCCACCUCCUCCAGAAUUUCCAGAAAUGCUGUGACCUCACUAUCUAUCCGGGGACACCGCUGGAAGAGACACGACGCAGUGGAUCUGGGUUCCCCGGAUGAGCUGAUGGAUAUCUCAGAGGUGGAUGAAGGAAUGUGGCCAAGCACGAUGGGGGCCGACAUGGUCACGCCUACCAUAACUAUCAGUAACAGCGUUACUACUCUUAAUCUGGGCGCUAAGGCAAUGAAGAAGUGUCGCCUCGGUGGGAGGAAUAGCAAGGACAAGGAGACAAGUCCGUUCAGCAUCGUCCGGGCAGCCAGCGAGAGCGCGGAGGCCACAGUCAAGAGGCUGACGCUCACUUCCAGCCAGUCGGUGCCGAAGGCUGGGGCGCUGACCAGCCUCACACGCACCGCCAGCGCCGUCUUCUCCCGCUCCUUCGAGCAGGUGGUGAGCGGAAACGCCCCACCCGCCAUCAACCACACCCCCUCUGAAGCGGGCCGCUACUCGUGCAGCAUGCAGGACGAAGCCAGCGGUUACUUGAGUCCUGCACCAAACCACACUCAGCGCUCUCCCAGCAUCAGCGUGCAUCUGGGCUCUGACCUUUAAACCUGUGGGACAUGUGAUGACAUGAGCCUGCCACUAUGAUCCCUGUGACCUGGAACUCCAAGCCAUGCCAACUCCACUGGAGCACCAACACUUGUGUUUUUAUCUAGAUACUGUCUGUUACAAUGUCGUAUUAAAGGUUUCAGUCGCAGAUGUUAGGAGGGGAACUUUCAGGUUUACAACUCGGAAGUGCAGUGACCACUUGUGCAGACUUGAAGGCCAAAAAGCUUUCAAGUUGUUUUUUUCUAUUGGGUGCGUUACGGCUCGGGUUGGGAGUUUUACGACAUGAUAGUCAAACGUUAUUCAGCAGUUAGUCUAUUUAAUGUUGUGAAGAAUACAAAUGCUUUUCAUCUUUUCAGUCGAUAUCUUUUUUCUUCUGGGAAAUUUUGCCGUUACAUUUCUGUCUUUUUUAAGCAGUUUUCAUUGAUUCCUGUACGUCCACAAAUUAAAGAAGUAAAUCUCCUUCAAAAUGUCCACAUCAAAACCUGAAAACACAUCAGCUUGAAUAUGUAUUUUUAGAUCAUGGUGAUCUUCAAUACCUCUAAUGCGACAUUGUAGCCUUCCGCUGUUUUCAACCAUGUAUAUUUUAAACCUGCUGGAUCCAGACUUCCAGAGCAGUGCCGGCCCCCUCUGCUCCUCUCCAAAUAAUGAACUGGGUCUUUCUUUUAACAUUUGCACAGUAUUAUCUUGGUAGAGAAGCAAUAGUCCUCCCUUUCUCGUUCCUCCAGCGCCUUCCUUGAACUGCUGUGGCAAAAUUAAAACUCCCACAAACCAUUGAGGACGUGAGAAAUAAUGUGUAUAAAUUUUAAAUUUUGCACUUCAGAAUGAGUUGUCGAUGAAGGUAUUUUCCUAUGAUGAACAAGAGUUUUAUCUCAUAACUGUGGUAUUCUUUGUAAAUUGAUUGUUUUGUACAGACUCCCGCGAAUAUCCACAAGAUGAGCAGCUCAACCAAAACUGUCACAGAAUCUCGUGUGUUGGGAAAUUCUUCCGAUCAACGACGUGUCUUUCAUUUUUAAAGUACCCCGCUGUUCAUGGUACUCGGGUGAUGUGUAUCUUGUCUCUUGUUGUUGUUUUAAUAUAACAGGGUACAUUUGUGUGCCGCUAAAGGAAUAAAAUCAACAAAUCUGCGUCAGAAGACACACAACAUUUAAGUGUUUUUUUUUGUCUACCUUAUUGUGUGCUUGAACAAUAAAAAUUGUAUUUUCGGAUGUGGGUUUACAGGUUGUAAAUUAUUUUUUUCUCUUGUUAAACAUCACACAGUUGUACUAAAGUUGGUUUUACAUCUGCCUUUCUAUGUCUGAUCAUGUAUUAGUCACUGCGACUCAUGGGAAUAAAUGUUUCUAUAUUUCA